AUGCCGGGCAAGAUUGACGCCUACGUUGAUUGCGUAUCGCCGUAUUCGUACUAUGCGACGCUCUAUCUCAGAAAGAAUCGCAAAGCGUUAGAGUCGCAUGGAAUCGAGAUCGAAUUCCAUCCGGUGUUCCUUGGCGGGAUCAAUGUCGGAUCUGGAAACAAACCCCCCUGGACACUCCCCGCCAAGGCUGCAUACUCCAAAUUCGACUCCCAGCGCGCCUGUAAAUACUUUGGCGUGGAGCCGAUCAGCCCCCCUUCGUUUUUCCCCAUCCUCUCGAUCUUGCCUCAACGCUGCAUGGUCUACAUCAAACUCCACCAUCCGCGCGAAAAAUAUGAAACCACCUUCCUCUCUCUUUGGGAAUGGAUGUUUUACAAGGGCGUGGACAUCAGCAAGCCCGACAAUCUAGCCGAAGUCUUCCGCAGCAACGGAUACGCCGAUGCCGAGAUUCAAGAGAUUCUCGCGUCGGCAUCUAAGGCGGAGUUCAAGGAGGCGUUGACGGCUAACACGCAGACGGCGCUUGAUAAAGGUGCUUAUGGCGCGCCCUGGUUUUGGGUUCGGAAUGACCAGGGCCAGGAGGAGCCUUUCUUUGGGAGCGAUCGAUUUGCGUUUAUGUGGAUGUAUCUUGGAUUGCCGUUCCAGGAUGUUGCUAUACUGGCUCCUGAGAAGGAGAAGUCGAAGCUUUAA